AUGGUGGACCAGCUUCAAGGAACAUGGAAAUCUGUUUCUUGUGAAAAUUUUGAAAACUAUUUGAAGGAACUGGGAGUAGGAAGAGUCAACAGGAAGCUGGGCUGUCUGGCAAAACCCACCGUGACCAUCAGUGCAGAUGGAGAUGUGAUCACCAUCAAAACCAAAAGCAUCUUCAAAACCAGUGAGAUUUCCUUCAAGCUGGGGGAGGAGUUUGAGGAAAUCACACCAAGUGGCCGCAAAAACAAGAAUAUAGUAAUCUUAGAUAACGACUCCUUGGUUCAAGUUCAGGACUGGGAUGGCAAAGAAGCCAUGAUCCGCAGAAGGCUGGUCGACGGGAAAAUGGUGGUGGAAAGUGCACUGAAUAAUGUCAUCUGUACUCGUACGUACGAGAGAAUAUAAGAACAUUCAAUCUCAAGGUCUUGGUGUUCUCAAAUUGUGACCCAAAUUACUAAUGUUAUUUAAAUAAAAUUCCCCAGUAAAAUCUUAUGACUUCUUGCAUAUAUAUCAACAUGUGGCUCCCUUUUAAAUUUGGCUGUAUGGUAGAAUUUAGCAACAGAAU